GCUUCGAUCGAAAAGUGUAUGAGAACCCAAGCAAAAUAGCACAAUAUAUUGUAUCAUAAAGCUACAAAAAAAUGGAGAUGCAAAAUUCCGUAUGCUUCUAGCGAGAGAGGAAAAAUUCCCGGAAAAUAAACACAAGGUUAGAAAAAUAAUCUCACUGUUUAACACGUUGAGUCCCAAAUUGUUCUUGCUACGCAUUCCAUUCAGUCUGCAUCAAAAGCAUUCGAACAAUAGCAGUGCCGGCCUUCGCUUCUAGAGAAAUUUAUUGUAUAAAAAUAAAAUAGUCAGAAAUUCGACUAGAAAGUAAUCACAUAUCGUAAAACAUUCGAAAACAAACGAUUUUUUAAAUAUUUCCUCAUUUUGUAACUGCCAGUCCCAGUAACCAACAUUUUUUUAACGAACAUCUCAACAUCAGUCCCUAGGGGCCGACACGGGGCUCAACGUGUUAACGGUCAGUAACGCUAAGAAGACUUGUUAUAUGGUUCUUGCACGAGUCACCCUCUUCAUCAAUAAACGAAUGACAAUAUCGGAAAAAUCGGCAGUCUGUUUUGUCCUAUUGAACUCUGACAUUAGAUAUUGUUUAUCAAAAAGUUUCUGACUAAGCACCACAUCCCAGUGUUUGACCAUUGAAGCUGUGAAGCUAAUUGAGUGAUGUGUUUCUACGAGUAUAGAUGCAUUGAAUAUUCAAGAUAAUAAUAUACAUCUCUGUCUGUUUUGUCCUAUUGAACUCUGACAUAUUGUUUAUCAAAAAGUUUCUGACUAAGCACCACAUUCCAGUGUUUGACCAUUGAAGCUGUGAAGCUAAUUGAGUGAUGUGUUUCUACGAGUAUAGAUGGAUUGAAUAUUCAAGAUAAUAAUAUACAUCUAUUUCAAAAAAUAUGGCCCUGACUUCUGUCAGAUUGUGGAGUGUAGGUGACAGAUUACUCGACAUUCCAUGCAAAGUGUGCGGCGAUCGAAGCUCAGGAAAACAUUAUGGAAUUUACAGCUGUGACGGUUGUUCUGGUUUCUUCAAACGCAGCAUACAUAGAAACCGGGUGUACACAUGCAAGGCAGCGGGUGAACUGAAAGGUCGCUGUCCCGUGGAUAAAACCCACCGUAAUCAGUGCCGCGCUUGUCGACUAUCAAAGUGCUUCCAGUCGGCGAUGAACAAGGACGCUGUCCAGCACGAACGUGGUCCGCGGAAGCCAAAGCUGCAGCACCUUCAACCGAACGGAGCUCAUGCGCAUCACCUGACGGGGCCGUUUGUGAGCACUUCCUCCUACAAUCACGUUCAUCACUUUUCCAAUAUUCACCACUCAGUCAUGCAGCAAGGUUCUCUGCUUCACCACCCUCAGCCCCUAUCGUUUGCUCCACUAGGCCACCACAUGCCACCCACACUGUUGCCGCCUGUGAAAAUGGAACAGAACAAGUUCGAAUUCCCCCAUGCAAACAACCCUCAAAUUCCGGCCAAUCUGCUACAUAGCGUUAAGUUAGAGCAAACGAAACUUGCGCCGUUCGACUUUUCGCCAAGCCAACGGUUCUACAAACCAUUCGAGCAGCUCCCACCGUCGCCCACGAAUUCCAAGAGUUCCAUCAGCGUCGAUUCGCCCUCUGAAAGCCUCACUAGCCCCCAGCCAUCCACCGUGGACUGUGGAUCGAGUGUUCUCAGUCCGACUCCCAUCAACGCAAGCAACCUCAGCCUGCCCUCGCCCCUUUCCCAAACCGGAGUGCUAGACAUCCUCAUGAGCUCCGACAAAUGUCAGGAAUUCAUCCAGUAUCAAAUGCAUAACAACAACCUGGCGUUCCAAAAUUUUACCUCUCCAGAAGGUGGUGGACAGGGGCCAGUACCACCACCACAGCCUCCACCUCCGCUGAUACCACAUUCGGAAACGCUACCCCCGGACAGCCCUGGAUUACGGCUACCAACGUGGGAGGUUUUACAGGAAACCACCGCGCGCUUGUUGUUCAUGUCGGUUCGAUGGGUCCGUUGUUUGAUUCCAUUUCAAACAUUGUCCAAAACUGAUCAGCAUCUUCUGCUACAGGAAUCCUGGAAAGAACUAUUUCUGCUCAAUUUCGCACAGUGGAGCGUCCCGUGGGAUCUCAGCGCAUUGCUGGAAAGCCCGCAGGUGAGGGAUCGCUUGCCCCAGGAUCCUGCCACCCAGAUGGAGAUGAAAACGAUGCAGGAAAUUUUGUGCCGCUUUCGGCAGAUCUCUCCGGAUCUGAGUGAGUUGGGCUGCAUGAAGGCGGUGAUACUGUUCUCUCCAGAAACAUCCGAGCUCUGCGAUGUUCAACCUGUGGAGAUGCUGCAAGAUCAAGCACAGUGCGUUCUGUCGGAACACGUUCGAGUGCGCUAUCCACGUCAACCGACCCGUUUCGGACGACUGCUGCUACUGCUGCCCCUGCUGCGGACAAUCCGUUCAACGACCAUCGAGACACUUUUCUUCAAAGAAACAAUAGGUACCGUACCCAUUUCCCGCUUGCUAAUCGAUAUGUACCAGAUGGAAAAGUACACUGAACUGGAACCAAGCACAACCGGCACCAAUAGCAAUACUUCCCCCAUGAAGCCUUAGAACGAGAAGCAGCUAAGACGAAAUGGAAACGGCUUCAUCUCCACGGGACACAAUUCGGGCCAUGCUACUCAAACAAAUUUUUAAUUUGUAAAAACAUCCCACAAAUAUGUUUUCCCAUCAAUCGUUCGCCCCAACUGCAACUGUUGGCGCCUUCCCGACAUGUGUUUCUCCUGCAUAGGUGAAAUGGUAACAGACGAAGAUAAAAAAAAAGCUCAACAUGUUCAAGGGAGCGACGGAAAAAUGUUUUCUCGAAACGCCCCAGGAUAUUUGAGUUUUAUCCCACUGAGUCUGGUGGAGAAUCUCCUCGCCUCGUCGAAGCGAUGAAGCGUCACAUUCCUUUGUCUGUAACUUUGCGGGUGAAAACAGCACCACCUUUGCCACACAACAUUACAACAGUCUCAAAAUCAAAUCCUGGAGAUACGACCACCGAUAGACAUACAGACGGUUCGGUUGCUCGGCAUCCGAGAUGGGGGAAACUGUGGUCAGACUUACUGCUGUUCCCCGGAUGAUACGUUUUUUAUUCCCUCCAACACACGACCGCUGAGUUUGUUUGGCAAGAAAGCAAUUCGCCUUCGCCGCUAUUAUUUUUCAAUUUACAAAACAAUCUAAUCUUUGCUUUUUAUCGUGCACAUAGGGAGGAGUUGUAAUUGUAGAAUAACAAUUAAUCAUUCUGCCUUCCAAAGACAGAAACCAAAUCGUAGAAAACAAAUACGUAUUAUCUAACGAUGCGAUUUUUAUAGUGAUGCCCGUCUAGUCAAGCGUUCCUAAGGAGGAUAACACGAUAAAACCAAAUAUUACAGAUAAUUGCGAAUUUAAAAUAGAAGGUGAACUAUGAAAUUGCAAGUUUGUUGACGAUGUAGUGAAUUUAUAUUAUGGCAAUAUUUAUCCUGCAGAUAUCGGAAUAAUUUAAUCACUGCACAAUAAUCAAAAUACUCAUGUAUUGUAAAAAGCUAUCAAUUACCGAGAAUAAAAGUUAUAAAUUAAUUGAAUAACGAA